AUGAUGCUGAUCGCGGUUGCUCCGAUGGAGAUGAAUCAGGUAGUAAGAACCUUCAUGUUCCUCCUCCACUUCUUUUUCUCCGUAAAUGCGUUGCGCACACUACCCGCUGACCCAUGCGAUCCCACGGCCCAGCGGGACCCACGGACGCUCCGGUCUGACCAGGUAACGGUCCUCAUCAACGGCUACUCCGAGUCCCGCAUCCCUCUCCUUUUGUCACUGACUACCGCGUACGCCGGGUCCCCUCUGGUAUCCUCCGUGCUCGUCCUCUGGGGAAACCCCGCCACCCCAGUCCAAACCAUAGACCGAUUGGCCCAAAAUCUCUCGGUCUCCUCCCUCGGCGCGGCACCGAUCUCCCUGGUCCGCCAACCAUCGAGUAGCCUCAACGCUCGGUUCCUCUCCCGCCCCUUCUCUAUCGGGACCCAAGCCGUUCUGAUCUGUGACGACGACGUGGAGGUCGACCACCGAUCGUUCGGUUUCGCGUUCAAAAUCUGGGGAUCAAAUCGGGACCGUCUGAUCGGAUUCUUCGUAAGAUCGCACGACCUAGAUCUGUCGAGGAAGGAAUGGAUUUACACGGUACACCCAGACAAGUACUCCAUCAUGCUGACCAAGUUCAUGAUCUUGAAAACCGAGUAUCUGUUCAAGUAUAGCUGUGGAGGUGGGGCGACAAUGGUGGAGGCGAGGAGGAUCGUGGAUCGAAUGCGCAACUGCGAGGACAUCCUAAUGAACUUUGUGGUGGCUGAAGAGACGAAUGCAGGGCCCAUACUGGUAAGGGCUGAGAAGGCGAGAGAUUACGGGGAUCCACGCAAUGACGGCCGUGAUAAACGCCGGGGAUCGAUGGAUGAGGAAGUGAAGGAGGUGGGGCUGAGUAGUAGGAGAGGAGCGCACAGGAAGAGGAGGGGAGAGUGCAUAAGGGAGUUCCAUAAAGUGAUGGGAAGAGUGCCUCUGAGGUAUGGUUACGGGAAGGUAGUUAAUUCCGUUGGUGAACAGGGAUUGUGCGAGAAGGGAGGGCAAUUGGUGUUUUGCGAUCAAUGACAGUGAGAGUGCGUAUGGAUUAGAGAUAGUUUUGGUACUAUGAAGAAAGAUUUUUUUUUUUUUUUGAUACAUUAGGAAGAGAGUUCCGACUCCAGACCUUUAAAAUUGAACAUCUUAACGUAAAUCAAAAUAUUCAUGCCUUAGUGAUAAUUCAGUUUCACAUGUAAAAGAAACUUCAUUUGAAAUACAAUAGGAGGAUAUUGCUCAUUUUUGGCAAGCCUUGUGGUCAUUCAAGUAUAGAGU